CAGCCCAGCCCACGGCAGGAAGUUAGAACUAGACGAUAGUUGAGACCCCUCCCAACCACAGCGCUCGGCACUGAGGCCGCCCAGCUCCCAGCGACAACCGACGGGCGGCACACCAGUCCCAACCUCCGGCCCCAUCCUGCCGCCGCGCACGCGCGUCCGCUUGAGCAUGCGUAUCCCUGCGGAGCGGCGCUGGCCCGGCUCCCGGCGAUAUGAGCCCGCCCUCCGCGGCGGGUCCUCCUGGCUCGGGCCGUUGCUGCCAAAAUUGGAUGGAUUUUAGUGGAUUCUGAAGUAUGACAUCAUGGCAAGAUUUCGCAGAAGAACAUGCAUCAUUUUGUUGCUUUUUAUUUUGUUUAUUUGCUCCAUAAUGAUGGCUUUGAAGACUCUGAGACCUGACAGAGCUGGCUUUGGGGACCCAUUUGGACUUGGUUUAUUACCUGAGCUUCAACAGCGGACAGAGCUCUUAGAGAGUAAACGAAGUUCACUGAAUAGGGUUCAAGGAGAUACUGUAACACAGAUCAGUAACAUGCAUGCUGGUGUGGUCAAUACUAUGAAAGCAUCCAUGCCUCCUGUGAACAAGCUGGAAGGAGAUCUGUCUUCUCCUAAUUAUAACUUCCAUAUAUUCUAUUAUAGCUGGUUUGGGAAUCCACAGUUUGAUGGUAAAUACAUUCACUGGAACCAUCCUUUGUUGCCACAUUGGGACCCCAAAAUUGCAAACAAUUAUCCAAAGGGAAGGCAUAAUCCUCCUGAGGACAUUGCAGCCAAUUUUUAUCCUGAGCUUGGAUCUUACAGUUCCAAAGAUACUUCUGUCAUAGAAGCUCACAUGAAACAAAUGCUUUCAGCUUCAAUUGGUGUAAUAGCACUUUCGUGGUACCCACCAGGUAUGGCUGAUGAAAACGGAGAACCAACUGAUGAUUUGGUGCCUAUUAUUUUGGAUUAUGCAAGCAAAUACAAUCUAAAGGUCACUUUUCAUAUUGAGCCCUACAAAGAUAGAGAUGAUCGCAGUAUGUACCACAAUGUCAAAUACAUCAUUGACAAAUAUGGAGCCCACCCAGCCUUUUACAGGCAUAAGACCAGCACAGGCAGAUCUCUUCCCAUGUUUUAUGUUUAUGAUUCUUACGUAACAAUUCCUGAAAUAUGGGCGAAUCUGUUAACUGUAUCUGGAUCCCAGACUAUUCGAAAUACUCCAUACGAUGCGUUAUUCAUUGCUCUUCUCGUAGAAGAAAGGCAUAAGCAUGAUAUUCACAGAAGUGGCUUUGAUGGAAUGUACACAUACUUUGCUACAAAUGGGUUCUCUUAUGGCUCAUCUCAUCAUAAUUGGGCAAGUUUAAAAGCCUUUUGUGACAGCAACAACUUAAUGUUUAUUCCGAGUGUGGGACCAGGAUAUAUCGACACGAGUAUCCGACCAUGGAACAACCACAACACACGUAAUCGUGUCAAUGGAAAAUACUAUGAGACUGCCUUUAAUGCAGCCCUUUUGGUGAGACCAGAAAUUAUUUCCAUUACAUCUUUCAAUGAAUGGCACGAGGGUACUCAGAUUGAAAAAGCUGUCCCCAAAAAGACUGGACAAAUAGUUUACCUUGAUUAUAAGCCCCAUAAACCAAAUGUUUAUCUAGAGCUCACUCAGAAGUGGUCUGAGAAGUACAGAAAAGAAAAGGAGCAGUGGCUUAUGUGAGCUAUUUCUACUGCAGUUGUUUCUUAGCAUAUUGAAUACAGUAAGAAAGAAAUUGAGAGCUGAAGACUCUGUUAUGAAAUGCCUUUAUUAUUGGUAUGUUUAAAUCAUUAUAUCGCAUUAAUGUAAAUGCACUACUACUAAAUUUUGAAGAGUAAGAAGUGUGAGAAUAUUUUCAUCUCAUUCAUUACUGUAGUUCAAGAAUGCUUUAUUUUAAUUAGUAAUUUGCAUGCUAAGCUUCAAGAACAUCUGCAUGGGAUAACUACAUGACUGAAGUAGUACAAAAAUUUGACAGAUACUUGUAUACUUUAUUCAUGUACUUCUGUUUCUAAUCUAAGUGAUCCUUUAAGCUAAAUUUGAUCUUGAUAGCUUGCUUUUUGCAGGAUGCAUGUCAGUAGCGUGCGUAAACUACAGCUACUGUUUUUAUGCUUUGCACAUUCGGAGUUCUUGAUUAUAUGAUUAUCUUGUGGUAAGAACACUGUAUGUAUGUCUCAUUGUAUGUGUGCAACAUUGGUGAGUUUUUGUUUAUUUCAUUUUUAAAUAUAUAUCUCUGAAAGAUUGAGUUCCAAAGAACUACUGAAAUAUUUCUAGUUUACUCGUAUUUGCUCUGUUCAGUACAUGCUGCAUACUUUUGCACAUUACUGGAAUGCUGACAAGUUUACAUAGUUUUUCUGUGUCUGAAUUUUAUUUUUAAAAAAAAUCCAACAACUAGAAAACAUAACAAAAAAUCCUGAAAUUUGAGAGCGGGAAAAAAAUUCUAAAAAUAUAGGGGGGAAAAAAAAAACCAACUAUAGUUAUACAUUGUUUGUUGACUGCAGACACAGAUUUAGUUUUUAAAAACAUCAAAGAUUCUAAAGCUAAUAUUUUGCUAGUCAUACAAUAAAUAAUAAUCUUAAAUUCUGCUUUUUCAUUUAUAAUUUUUGGAGCAAUGUAAUCUAGUAGCAGUGACAUCAGCUACUCAUCACUUUUACUUGAAAUCAGGUUUCUAUUUUCAUGUAUUUCCAAGAUCCAGAACAAUAGAUACUAAGGUUGUGUUAGUGUUCAAGUAAGCUGCUCAACACUACUUUUAACAAUAUGGUGUGCCUGGAAAUUAGUUAUUUUUAGAUCUGAGAGUCUCACCUUUCCAGUGUAGUGACUACUAUUUGUUUUUCUUACUGAAGCUUGAAAAUGUCAAAUUGCAUGGAUAUGUCUCCUCAAGAAUCCAUUUCUGGAAGGGGAGUUUUUUGCGGGAAGGGGACAUGGACUUUUUCAUACAACUUUACAGGAAAACAGUAGACAUUAAAUUAUUGCAGUAUAUGUCAAGUGUUUAAUCUGUAACAAAGUGGCUUUAAAAAACAACUGAUCUUGCUUUGUAGUUAAUAUAUUGUAACUGUUGUAACCACUAGAAUCCUCUCAAUUUCAACAGGGUUUAUUGUAAUUAUUCAUACUUCUUCCUUGGUUAAUUGUAGUGCUCUGUUCAUGAAGUUGUGAGGCGGAUGUGGGGAUUUGUGGUUAAGAAAGAAGAUGACAAACAAAAAAGAAAAAAGUAUACUUUUCUUUCCAAAAACUUGAGUCGUUCCAAAUAAACAUAAGUUACUGUGUGGGUUGUUCUGAAAGUAAUGUCUCCUAUUUGUUUCCAUGGACAGUACAACAGAUGCAAAGAGCGCAGUAUUUAUCAGAGUAAAUUCUCAGCUAGAAAGACCAUUUUUCAGCAUUGUCACCACUAUCAGCUAUGCAUUUUGGCCAAUGAUGAACAGGAACCUGCAUGCCACGUCAUAAAAAUCUGCAGCAGUAGAGGUGACCUGCUGUUGCCGCUGCUGAAAUGCCUCACUCUGCACACAUCCACUGUUUGGUCUCCACGGAUGUUCAGCAAGCAUUGAUGCUUGUCAGUGGUUGCCAUUUUUCUGCCUGGAGGAACUCAAUGACACACCUUUGCUUCAUACAUAUUCCUGUGUCAGGUGCCAUUCUGUUGGACUGCCCCUCUGCUGCCAUCUGUCGUGUGGCAACAGAAUAGAAUGGGAUGUUGACAGGAAGGCUCAAUCUCUACUGCCGUAAUACCAACAUCCGCCUCUGACAUUGAGAGCCAAUGUAAUUGGAGACAUUACUUUUGCAGCAGCUCUUGUACAAUAUUUUCUAGAGUCCUUCUGGUAUGAAAAAAAUGUUUGUGUAUCUACACUUAUUUGCAAAUUCUCAUCACUUGUCUGCAAUUAUUAAAAGUUUGAGGUAUUGCACAACCAUCUCAGCUGUUUUCAAGGAAAAACUGUGGAAAUUGGAUUACAGAUAAAUGACUUGACAUUUGGAAGUGCACUUCUGGAGUUACUACAGUCUUACUAGUAUUAAUUCUUUGCAUUUUCCUGCUGCAUCUCUGCAAACUUCAGAGUGUUUCUAACGGAAACUUUUGCUUGUUUUGUUUCAAUUGCACUCAAGUGGAUAAGCUAAAGAAGAUACAGCUAUGACCCUGUUAUGAAAUUGUGUCUGAGACAUUUAAAGCACUUGUUAAGAGUUUACCACUUUCAAGUGAACUGCUCUCUGUUUAUUAAGGAAAAUUGUUGAUACAUCUUUCCUGUAACUCUCUGAUAUAUCUAUACAUAAUUUGUUUUUAUAAUUUGAUACCUUUAAGCUUUGCAGUUCAAAGAGCCCAUAUAGUUGAAGGGCUGACUAACUGCACUGUAUAUCUCUAUUGAAUGUAUUAUUUAAAAAUUCUUCUGAAUUCAGACCUGUAAGGACAGAUCUCUUUCUCUGCUUAAACUUUGCCAUCCAUUGUCACUGUAGUUGCCUGCACUGUUUACUAGUCAUGAGAACUGGUCAUCUUUUUUCCCAGUGACAGUUUUUAUUCAUGUCUGUAAAAGUUGUUUCUUUUGUUGCAGUUUAUGGAAGCAUUUGAAUUUUUUGUGCAGUGUUUUACAGCUGCAGUAAUCUGUUUUUGUUUAAAAUAUCAUUUAUGGUAACAGUGUAGUGUAUCUUCCUUAAAAAAACUUCUGUGGUUGCUGCAAAGACAUCAUUUAGCUCUUGAUGUGAAGUGAUAUGGGCCAUGAUGCACAGGUGUCUAAUGUGAUCUUUAGAAGAAUGUAAGAAUUUCUCAAAAUAUGAUAUAAAGGAGUACUUAAAAACUUAUCACUACUGAGCACUUAGUGUAUUUUUAUGUGCUUAAUAUGUUUUCAAGUCUAAAUGUGCCACCUGGAAAAAAUGUAUGUCCAAGAGUAGAACUGAAUUUGAAGAGAUCUCAUGGAAUAGCAGAUACUGGAACUACCCCACCUGCCUAGCCAAUAUUUUUUCUGUGCUUGGAGCAAAAAUUGGAUUGGAAUUGGAUUGGAUUGGAUUGGAACAAUAGAAAUCUAAUUCUGCUGGUAGGUUACUACUGCAGUCGUAGUCAUUUUUGGAAAAAUGGCUGAAAUAUUUCUGUGGGAAAAGUUUUAUACAGAUGCAAAGAAAUGAAAUUCUUAAAUGUAAGAACCCAGUUACUAGGCACAGGGGAAAAGGUGGGUGUAUUUAGAAGGUAAUUGUUCCGAACUUUAAUAAGAAAAAAAAUCCAAUCAAAAUUAGGUGGAAGAGAAAGCUCUAUAAUGAGUUUCAGAUCUGAAAAGGAGUUAAGGAAUAUCUGUAUCACUUCAGCCUCACUCCCCUACUUUUUUUUCUUUCUUUUUUUUUUUUUGCCUAAUUCGUUAAAAAAAAUAGUAAAUGAUUACUUUUAAUGUAUUGACUCUGAAGAAUUGCAGUUGACUCAUCUUUUUUUAUGUUAUAGUACUUAAAGUAAAUCACGUACCAACUUUAUGCAAGCUGCAGAAUAAACAGAAUGGGAAGGUUAAGUUGAUCACUCUUCAAUGUUCUUCUGCGCAUACAGAGAUACCUGAAGUUACUGUUGGAGCAUUUCUAGAAGGAAAAGGCUUAUGGUCUCUGAGAUAAAGAUUUUGUGGUGUGAGGGUACUUAAUUUCAAGGGAAACUCUGGGUUCAUUUCUACUUCUGUCAGUUGUGAUCAAGUAAAUUGUUUCAGUUCUGUGAGCUGUCUGAGAAGUGAAGCUCAGUACAUCUUCUCUGAAAGCAGGGUUUGUAUUAUCUUGCACAGAUCUAUAAACUAAUACUGUGUUUUAAGGGAAAGAGCAUGUGCAUAUGCUGUUACUAUUUCAGUGCAACAUGUAAAUUAUGGUGAAUACAGAUUCUGUACCAGGGUAUAUCGUGUUUGCCUAGUGCCUUUCUUUUGACAGUGAUUUGUCUCUUAACAGGUUUUUGAAACAGAAGGAUAUUUAUUUUUAUUAUGAAACUUUAUAUAUACAAUGUACAUAAUUUGAAUUUCAUUUCACUCUUGGCUCUUGAAAAGUGUUUUACAGGACUUUUUAGCACUGUGAUGAUAGUAGAAUAUAUCUCUGCGCACAUGGGCAGGGCUGCUGUUGGUGUAUUUCUUUUUUUUUUAUUAUUAUUUUGAGGUGGUGAUUGCUUUUUUUUUUUUUUGGUUGAAUGUAGUGUACCUAAAUCAUAAAGAGGAAGUAAACUAUUUGUAACCUAAUAGCCAUUUUAAGAUAAGUUGAAAAUCUCACUGCCAGUCUUAAGGGAUUUUAUAAGUAUUGAUCCUCAACCUUCUACUUGCUUAAAUUAGUGUCAGUAUUUCAUUUUUUUCUGUUACUUAUGACCACUACGUUAAAUGCUGUGUAAACUUCUAAAGUAAUUUUAUUUCUCAAUUUCCUUAAGAGAAUAAAGAAAAAUAUUAGCAGUGCGGAAGAGCCUGAUAAAAGUUUCAUGUUGUACAGAUACGAUUUUGUUGUGAAUGUAUAGUGUAUCUUGGUUGUGUAUUAAACAUUGAUUUAAAAAAAAAAAAACUUGUUUCUUCUAAUACUCUACCUGGCUGCUGCAGAGAUGCAUUUGCUUACAUGCAUAUAUAAAAUGUGUCUAUUUGUAUACAUUAUAUAAACAUAAAUAUGUAUCUGUAUGCGUGCAUAUAGCUUAAGUAAUUAUUUUUUUAAGUACUAUAUCAUUGAUUUAAAAUUAUAAGCUAGAUUUGGCUACCUUUUAAUCAAGCAAUGUUUUUAAUUCCCUAUGGUGUUUACAAAAACAAAAGUUGGUUAUGUAUGAAUAUUAUCAUGAAAAAUAAACACAUGCCCAAAAAGUGUAGCUUAAAUAGAGUGUUUGACAGUAUUUUUUGAUAGUUUGAGUUUGGAAAAUAAUUGUUUUACUUUUUUAUCACAGUAUGAGUGUACAGUUGUAUUGAACUGAAGCAACAGGCUUACCAGUGCUUUCAAACAGACUGUGCUCCUGAAGAUUUUAGGCCUAUUUGUAUUACAUCUUUUGAGGCUAAGUUAAACUUCUUGUAUGUGUGUGAUGUGCAGUAUGUGUGUGUGAUCUUCGAGUCCUGAGGUACUUCUCUUUUGACAAAGUAAAGCUGAAGUUUCUGGUUUAAACAGAAGGUUAAGAUGAGGGACACUCACAGCAGAUGGGUUUAGAAGAGAAUGCUAGAAUGGUGUCUAAGAAAUCAUCGUUGUUCUUAUGCUAUAUUAUGCUGUUUGGGCAUAAAAACCAUCCAGAAGAUGGAAACGAAGGGAAAUUACCUUCUUAGUGUUUGAAAUAUAUAUAUAUUGUUAUUCCUAAAAUGCUAACUGCUGAAUAAAAAAGAAUAAAGCUAAUUCACACUUCA